UAUAAUUUCCUGCACUAUAGUGCUCCGGUGACACACAUCUCGUCAAAAUGGUGAAGCAGUUCUCAGGGAAGAAGUACGAGCUGGAUGUCGCCAGCCAGGAGAACAUGGACGCCUUCCUGCAAGCCGUCGGUGUCGACGAUGCAGAUAGGCGGAAGGAAAUACUGGGAACCAAAAUAACCAUCGGUUUGGCGGUGAAUGGCGACGAGUACACUUUCAGUUUGGAAGGGGCCGGCCGCAAGUUUGACACCAAGUGCAAGCUGGACGAGGAAUUCGACGAGACGAUGUGGGACCGCACAACACGCAGCAAGUACUCCGUCAAGGGUGGCGACACAGUGGUGCACUGGGCGAAGUACCCGGACGGCAAGAUCAUCACAUCGGAGACAAAGUACUCGGCUGACAAGGCUCUGCAGACAGUUACUCUUGGGAAUGUUGUUGCAAAGAAGACAUUCAAGGCCAUCUGAGUUGAUACCAGAAGAUCUACUUUGGUGAUACACAACUUAAAAGACGUCUCCACAUUCAGUGAAGUGUUUGUUGAUAAUACUGUACAGUCCAAUACCACACAACUGUUUUCGAUGUCACCACCAAAUACUGCAAAUUAAUUUUAAUAAAAU